AUGAAAUCAAUGUUGAUGAUCGUGUUUAUUGUCACCUAUACGGUUUUCGAUAUGGCUUUUGCGAACUCAGAUGAAAAUGCCGAAGCACAAUUCAUGAACAUUCCGAGUGAUGAACUGCGAAAACUCGUAAAGAGAUCCGAUACAGUUUCUCGAUUUUUCAAACGCAAUUACGACCGAAUCACGAACGAAACGAGGGGAAUAUAUAUAUUUCCUUAUGGCCGACGCCAGCCAUAA